GCGAAGAUGUGAACCGCACCACCCAGAAACCCUACCGAGAACUGAAAGAUUCUGAGGGACGGCCGGAUGAGGAGGUGGCCUCAGAGUACUGGCAAUCGCACUGCCAGAGGGAGCGCUCCGCCGUGGCGGCGCUCUUCAGCGGCCAGUUCCGCUCGGUGCUGCGCUGCAAAGGCUGCGGCGCGGAGGCCCAAG